AUGGGCGGCAAACGCAAAGCCUCACAAGACCUUCGGGGCCAGUUGCUCCCUGUCGACCAAACGUUGACCUUUGAAGGCCCCCCAGAAGAUGCAAAAUCUCGAGACAGUCACUAUGCCGAGCUAUAUUCCAAAGCGCCAGACUUUCAGCAGCUCGCUCUUCAAGAUGCAGAUUUCGCACGAUUGUGGAACAAACACAAAACUGAUUUCUUCAAUGAUCCGGAAUGUGUUAUGCAAUUGACGAAGUCACUUCUCAAGCUGGACUUUGGACUGAAGCUUGAACUUCCUGAUGAUCGACUAUGCCCUCCUGUGAGUUGUAUCUCGUUUAUUGACGCGUCUUACGAUCUAACGCGUCUGCAGGUCCUCAACCGGCACAACUAUCUAUUGUGGCUAAAGGAACUCCUCGACAGCACUUCUUAUGAGAAACAGGAUAGGAAAAUCGUUGGGUUAGACAUUGGUACUGGCGCAAGUUGCAUAUAUCCUUUGAUGGGCUGCACUGAACGUGAUUGGGACUUUAUCGCUACUGGUAAUCCUUUCACCACCCCGUUGACCAGAGCACAGCUAAUCAAAGCAGACAUCGACCCAAAAAGCCUCGAGUAUGCUUACAAGAACGUGAUACUGAAUGAACUUGGAAACAGGAUCAAAGUCGUGGGGCGAAAGCCAACCGACGCUCUCAUCCCGCUCAAUGAUCUAAAUAUCAACAACAUUGCUUUCACCAUGUCAAAUCCGCCUUUCUACAAAUCCGAAGAAGAGUUACUAGAGAGUGCGAGAAAAAAGUCUCGCCCCCCUUUUACGGCAUGCACAGGAGCCAAGGUUGAGAUGGUGACCGACGGCGGCGAAAUCGCCUUUGUUGACCGCAUGCUCAAAGAGUCGCUCGUCCUUCAAGAACGUGUACAGUGGUAUACAUCCAUGUUCGGGUUUCUCACAAGUUUGAUCGAGUUCGUAGACAAAUUGAGAGAACACAAAAUUGACAAUUAUGCUGUCACAGAGUUUGUUCAGGGCAGCAAAACAAGAAGAUGGGCUGUUGCAUGGAGUUUCGGAAACAUGAGGCCAGCCCAGUCAGCUGCACGCGGCAUCAAGACAGCAGUUUCCAAAAACGUGCUUCCAGAGAUCACAGAAGAGAAAGUCGUCGAUAUACCUCUCCAAGAGAAAAUCGGCGACUUUGCGGAUAGUUUUCGAUCUGGACUUGAGAAGCUGGACUUGAUCACCUGGGAAUGGGACACCGAGCGCCUGGAAGGGAUUGGACGAGCAGCAGGUCGCGUCUGGGCGCGAGCUUGGCGCCGAAGAAAACAAAGAGGGGAGAUUGAAGACCAAGAUGUGGUAGACGUAAAGUGCGAGUUUGCUUUCAAGGUUUACGUACGUGUUGGUAAGGAUGCCGUGGAAGUCCACUGUCGAUGGCUUGAAGGUCACGAUCCUGUCACUUUCGAGAGUUUCAGGGGAUAUCUGAAGAAGACGGCGCGAAAUAUCGUCAAGAUUCAGAGCACCGAGGACAAAGCAUAG